UUUUGCUAAAGAAGGAGAAAAGCAAAAAAAAAAUAAAUAAAUCAAAUUUUAAAUGUGUUUUCAUUUCAUUUGAGGUAAUUGUGUAAAUCCCCUCUGGUUUGGCACAGCAGCAACUGAAAGGAAGAAAGAUGAAAGGAGCUCCACAGACAAAAUAUGAACAUACUGCAUUAUCUGAGUAUGAAGAAAAACAUGAUAAAAAGAAGAAAAGGGAUUUAGCAGAGCUGCGAAAGGAAGUGUCAUUUCUUGAUCACAUACUAUUGUUAGAUGAACUUCAAGAAAAAUUUGGAACUGACCUGACUCGGGGCCUGACAAAAACUCGUGCUGCAGCAAUUUUGGCUAGAGAUGGUAAAAAUAUUUUGUCCCCUCCUCCCACCACUCCAGAAUGGGUGAAGUUCUGUAAGAACAUGUUUGGAGGGUUUGCUUUCUUACUGUGGAUUGGAUUCAUACUCUGUAUGAUAGCAUACGGAAUGCAGAGAGGAAAGGGAGAUGAAACUGCCAGCGACAAUUUGUAUCUUGGUAUCGCCCUGGCAACUGUAGUCUUUAUCACUGGCUGUUUCUCAUACUACCAAGAAGCCAAAAGUUCAAAGAUAAUGGAUUCCUUCAAAAAUAUGGUUCCCCAGCAAGCUCUUGUGAUCAGAGAUGGUGAGAAGAUGACCAUCAAUGCAGAAGAUGUGGUGGUUGGCGAUUUAGUGGAAAUAAAAGGUGGAGACAGAGUACCAGCAGAUCUUAGGAUCAUCUCUGCUCAUGGCUGUAAGGUGGACAAUUCUUCACUUACUGGUGAAUCUGAACCUCAGAUAAGAUCUCCAGACUACUCUGAUGAAAAUCCACUGGAAAGCAAGAACAUUGCCUUCUUUUCUACAAAUUGUGUAGAAGGUAAUGCCCAUGGCAUAGUCAUUCAUACUGGAGAGCGUACAGUAAUGGGUCGUAUUGCCACACUGGUUACUGGUCUGGAAUCUGGAGAAACACCAAUUGCAAUUGAAAUUGAGCACUUUAUCCAUAUCAUCACUGCAAUGGCUGCAUUCAUUGGAACAACCUUUUUUAUUCUUUCAAUGGUCACUGGGUACACCUGGGUGGAGGCUGCAGUUUUCCUCAUCGGUAUUAUCGUUGCUGUUGUACCUGAAGGUCUUCUUGCUACUGUCACAGUCUGUCUGACACUGACUGCAAAGCGCAUGGCCCGUAAGAAUUGUCUAGUUAAGAACCUGGAAGCUGUUGAGACCCUUGGUUCUACCUCCACUAUCUGUUCUGAUAAAACAGGUACCCUGACCCAGAACUGCAUGACUGUGGCCCACAUGUGGUUUGAUAAUGAGAUCCAAGAAGCUGACACAACGGAGGAUCAAAGUGGUAAUUGCUUUGACAAGACUUCCCCUACAUGGUUUGGCCUGGCUCGGAUUGCUGGUCUUUGUAGCCAUGCUGUCUUUAAGGCUGGACAAGAAAGAUUGCCUGUUCACAGGCGAGAGAUUGCAGGAGAUGCCUCUGAAUCUGCCCUUCUAAAAUUUACUGAGACAACUUUUGGAUCAGUCAAAGAAAUGAGAGAGAAGAAUCCUAAAAUUCUGGAAAUUCCAUUCAAUUCAUCCAACAAAUAUCAGCUGUCAAUCCAUAAAAAUGCAAACCAGGAAGAAUCCAAGUACCUGCUGGUAAUGAAAGGUGCACCUGAGAGAAUUCUAGAUCGCUGUUCUACCAUCAUGAUUCAUGGCAAAGAGCAGAAACUAGAUGAUGAGGUGAAAGAAGCCUUCCAAAACACCUAUCUUGAACUAGGAGGGCUAGGAGAGAGAAUACUAGGUUUCUGCCAUCUUGCCCUUCCCAGUGACAAGUACCCAGAAGGCUACCCAUUUGAUCUGGAGACUUUAAACUUCCCCUCAGAAGGACUUUGUUUUGUUGGCCUUGUCUCCAUGAUUGACCCACCCCGGGCAAGUGUACCUGAUGCUGUGGCAAAAUGCAGAAGUGCUGGAAUUAAGGUUAUUAUGGUCACGGGUGACCACCCGAUUACAGCCAAAGCAAUUGCGAAGGGAGUUGGAAUUAUUUCAGAGGGUACAGAAACUGUGGAAGACAUUGCAACACGUCUGAAUAUUUCUGUUAAAGAGAUUGACCCAAGAGAAGCAAAGGCUUGCGUGGUUCAUGGAUCAGAUUUGAAAAGCAUGGAUAGUGAACAGUUAGACGAUAUCUUAAAGAAUCAUACAGAAAUCGUCUUCGCAAGAACCUCCCCACAACAGAAACUGAUUAUUGUGGAAGGCUGCCAGAGACAGGGUGCUAUCGUAGCUGUUACAGGUGAUGGCGUAAAUGACUCCCCUGCCCUGAAAAAAGCAGACAUUGGUGUAGCUAUGGGUAUUGCUGGAUCAGACGUAUCCAAACAGGCAGCUGACAUGAUCUUGCUGGAUGACAACUUUGCUUCCAUCGUAACUGGAGUGGAGGAAGGGCGCUUGAUCUUUGAUAACCUGAAGAAAUCCAUUGCCUACACCCUGACCAGUAAAAUCCCAGUGAUCACACCCUUCCUGCUUUUCGUCACAAUACAGAUCCCUCUGGCUCUAGGUGUUGUUACUAUACUGUGCAUUGACCUUGGCACUGACCUGCUUCCAGCAAUUUCCCUGGCUUAUGAACAUGCUGAAAGUGACAUCAUGAAAAGACAACCCAGAAAUGCCCAGACAGACAGACUGGUGAAUGAAAGGUUGCUUACUAUGGCAUAUGGACAAAUUGGUGUGAUCCAAGCUGUUGCAGGAUUCUUCGCAUAUUUUGUUGUCUUGGUUCAGUAUGGAUUUUUCCCUUUUGAUAUCUUAGGAAUUCGAGUUAAUUGGGAAGACAAGGCUCUCAAUGACCUAGAUGAUAGUUAUGGACAGCAGUGGACCUAUGAACAGAGGAAGAUUCUAGAGUUUACAUGCCACACAUCCUUUUUCAUCAGUAUUGUGGUUGUACAGUGGGCCGACUUAAUUAUCUGCAAAACAAGAAGAAAUUCCAUUUUCCAACAGGGAAUGAACAACAAGGUUUUGAUCUUUGCUUUCUUUGAAGAAACCGCACUAGCAGUUUUCCUCUCUUACUGUCCUGGGAUGGAUGUCGGCCUUAAGAUGUACCCUCUUAGACCAAUCUGGUGGUUUUGUGCCACCCCUUAUGCACUGCUGAUCUUUGUUUAUGAUGAAGUCAGAAGAUACAUCAUACGGCACAACCCAGGAGGUUGGGUUGAAAAAGAAACCUACUACUGAAAGAAAUUUGCCAGAUUUAUUCGUCAUCUAUUUCAUUGUAAAUGGUUCUACUCCGAUACAUUGCAGAACCACUGUGAUUAUUAUGAAAGAAUAUACUGCCAUUCAUAUAAUGUAAACAGACAUAUUUCAGAAAAAAAAUCACCUUCAGAGACAUAGACGACACUGGAGUGAAAAUACACUGGACAAUUAAAAGGCCUCAUGAUGUGCCAAAUUUUCUACAAUGCAUGUGAAUAAACACAAUUUAUUUCUUCUUUUAAACAACAACCAAGGACUAAAACAACAUUCAUCUUAAAAAUCUUAUGCUUGCAUCUACAACUAAAGCAGACCAUGGUCAGAAGACACUGUGAAGGAAAUCAAAACAGACCAAUUCAAUAACUUGAGUGAAAUUAAUUUUUGUUUCUGAACUAUGGUUUGAUUAUACUGACCAAUUUUUAACUUGCUUUUAAAGUGAUACAUUUCAGAAUAUAUUUUGUUUCUGUUUUAUACCCAGAUCUAUUAAUAUAACAUGAGUCUUUCCAGUAUAUCCUCAAAUGAGUGGGGUGGAGCAGCAUCUGCUAAGAGUGGGUAAACAUUUAGUUGGUCCAUCCAGGCUAUGAACCGAAUAUCCACCUGGAAGCGUUGAUUGUGCUGAAGCCUGGUUACCCUAACAUCAGAAUUCUGAACCUUUUGGACUGAGAUUGUGUUUGCCAAAUUUCAGCCACAUCUGACAUAAGGGGGUUCUGUAGACUUAUGCCACCCUUCACAUAAUUUAACUUACCACAAGAUGUAAAAAUCUCAGCACUGAAGAUGUUGAUCGACAACACUAAGGUGAUGUAGGGUACAGUUGGAGGUCAUCCGUACCACGUAAUACAUGUGUCUGGUAUAUAUUUUGAGUAACAGUGUGAGUUUUUCUGUAUGCUUAUGUGUGCAGGUGUGCAUUUGAUAGACUGCGUGUUUGGUUUGUAUUUUGAUUAGGAGUGUGAGUUUUCAUAAAUGUCUAUUUAUAUGAGUGUUUUUGAUGGAGAGUGUGUGCUUGCCAGUGUAUUGGCAGUGUGAUGUGAUUCAGCAUAACUGGAUUAUUGUGUCCAUCCAGUCGAAACAGGCUGCCAACCUUACUUAUGGCAUUUUACCAUUCAUUUAAUUAAUCCCUGCAUUAGCAUUUUAGACUGGCUAGAAAAUGUGAGCAUAACUACUAUAAAAAGCAUGGAGCACCAUAAUUAUCCUCCAAACAUGUGAAAAAGACAAGAUUGUUAAGUACCUUUCUGAAAUCUAAAAGGUGCUUAACAAGCUUUUGUAAGAACACCUAGGCAUUGUUGAGAUCAUGCCUCACACUGGAGAUUGACAGUAGAAAGUGAUGGCCAGUGAUUGAAGGUGAAAAAACAUUAACAGCUGUUAGGUAUUCUGCCACGUGUGUACCAAAUGUGUGGUACAACAAAGUGUCUCACUGUCAGGUACUCUGUCACAUGUAUAACAGAAAGUGUGGUACAAAAAGGUGUCUAACAAUUUUUUAAAGCAGUUCAUUCUUCAGAGGGACAUUUAAUUUCUGCCUGCUGUCUGUUUGACAGUGCAAAAGUAUUGCACAUUCUUUCGAAGACUUCUCACUCUUACACUUUUUUUCUUUUUUUUUUAUGUAAUUGGUAGUACAUGGGAGAGAUAAAACUCCAUACUCUGAAAAGAAUUAUGAUCAGAUCUUAUUGAUCAUAACCCUUAUUAUGUGCUGUCAACAUGGAUGACAGGAAAUGUUGGCACCCUUGUCUUGAACACAUAAUACGUUAUUAGGGGAUUGCAUUCCAUUGCAGGAAUUCCACUAACUCUCAGUUUAGUAAACUUCAUACAUAUAGAUAUGCAAGAUUCCAUUCAUAGGCACUAUCACAUCACCACGACAAGAGCAUCACCUGCAGAAGAUAUCAUCAUAAUCCUCUAUUUAUAUUACAUGUUAUGACAUUACAAAGCACAUAAUCUCAGAUCUGUGUUACGGGUUCAUAGGUAGCUACUAGACAUGCAGUCCAGGGCACCUUAAAGCAGGUUAGCCAAAAUUCUCAAUUGACCCAGACCUCUGCCUAGUUAAGUGAUUUGCUCAAUGUCUUAUAUCCAACAAAUGUCUAUAUCUAUGUCUAUAUGUAUGUGUAUGUGUGUCUAUUUAAAUAUAUAUAUAUGUUUGUGUGUGCAUGCGUGUUUGUAUGUGUGAAUGUGUGUGUGUUUGUGCGCACAUGUGUAUCUUACUGUAGAAAUAAUAGGAAAAUGAAUAUGGAAUACAAUGCAGAGUCAGAUUGUACAGUUUAUAUGCUUUACAAGCCCACGUUGUUUAUGAAAAUUAAAAAGUGCUUUAGUGCUUUCUAUUACCUAAUGAAAAAAUGAACUCUUAAUUCUUAGUAUUAAUGUAACCUGCAAGGGUCUGAGUUUUUACUUUCCUGAUUCCUGGCAGAAACCCAGAAACCUGAAUCUUUAGUUGUACAGUUGUAUUUCUAAAUUAGAAAUGAGUCAGAUUAAAAUAUCAGAUAAGAAGAUAAUCUAUUUCUAAUGGCUAGACUAUAGCAGACCUCUACUCUUUUUCUCUCAUUUUCCAGAUUUAUCUUUAUAAUUCCUUCCCUCAUGCAUCACUAUAUAUUGUUGUAAUAUUUGUGCAUUUUUGAGUAUCAUUGUUAAACUUUUAAUAAAAAAACUAUGAAUUAAAAA